AGAAAACAGGUAGAAUACUGUAGAGUAUGAUUCCUUUUAAGGUAGAAUGGUGGAACGUGUGCUGACUUAACAUGUUGGAGCGUUACCAAGUCAACGAAUGAAAAUCAAAUAAAAGAAGAGCUAGAUCGGGAUUGUUCCUUGCUUGCAUUGGCAGUGGCGAGAUGAGUUACUCCACGAAAAAGCACGACGUGUUCGUGAGCUUCAGAGGGGAGGACACACGAACCAACUUCACUAGCCAUCUUUACAAAGCUCUCGAAGAUAAAUCAAUCGGAGCUUACAUAGAUCGCCAGCUAGACAGAGGAGAAAGUGUCUGGCCGGCACUUGCCAAAGCAAUUCGGGACUCACAUGUCUCAAUUGUUGUUUUCUCUGAAAACUAUGCUUGUUCCAAAUGGUGUCUGGAAGAGCUGGUGAAAAUUCUUGAAUGCAGAAAAGAACUGGGUUUGGUAGUUAUACCUGUCUUUUACAACAUAGAUCCAUCAGACAUAAGGAAUCAGAAAGGUACUUACGAGAAGGCAUUGGCAGAACUGUUGGAAUCCGAUGAAGAGAAAGGGCCAAAGUGGAAAGCUUCUCUCACUGAAGCAGCCAAUAUAUCUGGAUGGGACUCUAGGACACAUAGGGACGAAGCUCAUGUCAUUGAGAAUGUUGUCAAUGAUGUAUUGCAAAAGCUUCAUCUGCGAUGCCCUACUGAAUUAAAGGGCCCUGUUGAAAAUGAAGAAAAUUGCAGAAAUGUAGAAUUAUUACUAAAAUCAUGUAGGGUCAUUGGAAUUUGGGGUAUGGGUGGAAUUGGCAAGUCCACCAUUGCUAAAAUCUUGUUUGCUAAACACUUUCCCCAAUAUGACCAUGUCUGCUUUGUGACCAAUGCAAAAGAAUAUUCGCUAGACAAGCUUUUCUCUACCAUAUUGAAGGAGGAGGUUUCCGCAAAAAAUGUCGUAGGGUCAUCGUUUCAUAUGAGGAGACUCAGAAGUAAAAAGGUUUUCAUUGUACUUGAUGAUGUUGACAUGGAUAGUUUUGAGCCAUUGGAGUAUUUAUGUGGGGAGUAUGAAGGCCAGCAUAGUGAUAGUAAACUCGUUAUAACAACAAGAGAUAGGCAAUUGCUUGUUGGAAGGGUUGAUGCGAUAUACGAGGUUCAGAAAUGGAAGAAAACAGAAUCUCUGAAGCUUUUUUGCUCAGAAUCCUUUAAGAAAAGUUAUCCCGAAGGAGGUUAUGAGAGUCUCUCAGAAAGUGCAGUUGAAUAUGCUGGUGGCGUUCCAUUUGCCCUUAAAGUUUUGGGUUCAUAUCUUCGUUCAAAAGGUAUCAGUUUUUGGGAAAGUACUAUAAGAAAACUCAGCUUGUAUCCUAACGAGAGAAUUCAGAAAGUGUUAGAAAUGAGCUACACUGGAUUGCAUGAUCUAGAAAAAAAUAUUUUUCUAGACAUUGUAUUUUUCUUUAGAGAAAAACAGGAAGAUCAUGCCACACGGAUACUAGAUGCCUGUGGUUUUGAAGCAACUAGUGGAAUAGAAGUUCUCGCAGACAAAUCUUUGUUAACAAUUUCAUAUACAAAUAUAAUACAAAUGCACGACUUGCUGCAACAAAUGGGUUUGGAGAUUGUACGUCAAGAAUGUAGAGCAGAUCCUGGCAGACGUAGUCGCUUGAAGGAUAAUGAAGCUCGUGAAGUGAUUGAAGAAAACAAGGGAACUGAAGCAAUUCAAGGAAUAGAACUGGAUUUGUCUCAAGCUAAAAAUUUACGUUUGCGUUCUGACACAUUGACGAAGAUGAAAGCUUUAAGAUUUCUGAGAUUCUAUAACUCCUCUGGUCAGAGUUCUUGGAAUACAUACCUCGACCUUCCUGCAACUCUUGAGCCGUUUUCUGAUAAACUAAGGUACAUUGAGUGGAUUGGAUACCCUUUUGAGUGUCUUCCAUCACCUUUUUGUGCAAAGUUUCUUGUUGAGAUUCACAUGCAACAUGGCAAAGUUAAACAACUUUGGCAGGGAAUCCAGGAACUAGAUAACUUAGAGGGAAUUGACCUAAGUGGAUGCAAACAGUUUGAAGAGCUUCCAGAUUUGUCUAAGGCGCCAAGACUUAAAUGGGUGAAUCUCUCAUGUUGUGAAAGUUUGCGGUAUCUUCACCCGUCUGUUUUAUCCUCGGCCACGCUUGUUACUUUGAUACUGAAUGGGUGUACAAAACUCGAGAGUGUUAAAGGUGAAAAGCGUUUAAAAUCUCUAGAGAAGAUCAGUGUCAAUGGCUGCUUAAGUCUGGAGGAAUUUGCAGUGUCAUUAGAUUUAAUUAAAAUAUUGAAUGUGAGCAAUGCACCAGUAAGGCGAAUGGGAAAACUCAAGAGCCUCAAUUUAGAGGAGUUUCCAAGAUCCCUUCGUCGUUGGUUGGAACUUGUCAAGACUACGGUGAGCCACCACCUCAAACAUUCGUACGUGCUAAAGUUAGAUCAAUACGAUGGGACAACGUUGCCUGAAUUCAUUAAGAAUUCCGGAAACUUGAGAAUUUUGUCCGUGGAGAAUUGUGACUUGUUGAUGCAUCUUCAAAAGCUUCCAUCCAGCAUCGGUUACUUAGGUGUCAUUAACUGCACUUUACUGGUGUCAGUGUCAGACUUAGUCAAUUUGGCAAAUGUGAUGCGGGGAAGUACCAGAUUCAUUACAUUCAAGAACUGCUUGAAAUUGGAUGAACAUUCAUGCAGACUUAUAAUGAAGAGCGUAAAGUUAAUAAUGGUGUGUUCUGCAUUUGACAACCUGGUGAGAAAAUCCUGUGACGUCCGCGACUACAGUUAUAACAGUGUUGAGCUUUGUUUGCCAGGAAGAAAGGUCCCACAAGAGAUUAAAUAUCGGAGCACCGAGUCCUUCAUUACCAUUGACCUUCCCAAACUUUCCAACUUGAGGGGCUUCAUUUACUCUGUUGUUCUUUCUCCAUCUGGUGAAAUGAAGAAGCAUGACACCAAGAUUAUAUGUAAACGCCACUUGAGACAAAAUACGAGGGAAUCAUGGGUAUAUAGUGAUAUCGAGGGCUUGAACACCGAUCAUGUUUAUAUAUGGUAUGAUCCAUUCCACAGUGAUGGCAUUCUCAAAUAUAAUGAGCCAAGUGUUUCUUUUGAGUUCUGUGUUAGAAAUGAUAAGGGGGAAGUUGAUGGCUCUAUGUUUAUUAAAGAGUGUGGUGUUGGCCUUAUAAGUGUUUCAGAACUGCCGAGUGUUUUAGAAGAGUUGGACUGGCACUCGGAUAAGAAGAAGGACUUAGUGAAUAGAGUGGAGUUGAUUACAGGACAAAGGAUAACCUUAACAUCAAUUGAACAAUCCGAUGAGAGGAAAAACCAUUUUUCUGCUUUGGAAGAGAUUAUCAAUUCUACUCACAAGGAAGCCAAAAUUGAUUCUGGGCAGAAUACUACAAAAUCUACUUAUGCGGUCAAAUAUGAAGGAAAUAGAGAAACGUCAAUCAAACAAGAUGCAACAUUGCCUGAAACUGUUGAAUCGGAGUUAGACAAAGAAAAUGAAUCUAAAGAAAAGUCAAUGAUGGUUGAACUAGAAUCAGUUGAAGACAACAGAGGGAGUAAAGAAUAUUUUUCUGGUAUCGAAGAGAACAUUGAAUAUUGUGCUAGCAGUGCAACCAACGCAACUACUGAAAGAGGUCCCGAAGAAAAAUCUACAAAGUCUACGGAAACUGUAGCCAAUGAACAUUCAGAGAGGUUGGAAGAAUCGAUUGAGGAAGUUGUAAAAAUUCAUGAUACAGACAACUCUAUUAUUAAAUGCUCAUCCUUGGACCUUGAGAAUUGCCUCCAACAGUUCGAUGAAAAUCCAUUUGCAAUCUUUGACUUACUUUCUUCUGAACUAUCCCCUUCACUGAAACAAUCAAGUGAUGCUACAACCCUCCUCAAUGAGUUCCGAACCUUAGUGUUCUCUACUUCGUUGCUGAAGAAAAUUCCAGACCAAUCCUAUCUGCAACAAGUUACAGAAUCACUACAGAAACUUCAAACUUAUCGUGGAAAAAUUACAAAAGAGCAAGAAGCUGGUUUAGACACAUUUAUAGAGCUCUACAACAAAGCUGUCGACAUUUCUCAAGGUAAGAUGUUAACCGAGGAUAACCAAGCAAAACUGGCAUCUGAGAAGAGAGACUUGUACAACAAACUUGAACAUUCUAAACUGAAAGUUCAACAGUUUGACACUACCAUCUUAACUUAUAAAUCUCAGAGGGAAAACCUACAAAAGAGACAAAGGGAAAUCCAGGAAGCUAUAAAAGAGCUUCAACAAGAAAAUGAAGCCUUGGAAAAGGAUAGCUCAACACUAGAAGUUUUAUACUCUGAACAACAAACCAAGAAGAAGGAAACACUUGAAUCAGUGAAGUGUAUCUCGAUUUCUGUUGUUCAAACUACCAAACAAUUAGAAGAAGUUGAAAAGAAAAGAUUGAGUUUGGCUUCAGCUUACGAAGGCCUCGAAGAGCCAUAUGGAAGAAUGAAGACAAAACCCCCAUUUUAGUUCCUGACUGUAAAAGUGUGAUGCGUUGAAGAUGACAGCUAUUUCUAUGAAUGAUGUAUGAGGUUUCAGUUAGUAUUUGACUUCAAGUUUUAAUGUAUUUUGUACUGAUUGAUUCAAAAUUCUAUUAGCUUUCACAGUGUUUAACUAUAAUGGAUAAUGAAAUUUUUAUUUUGUGAUUGAUGUAAAA